AUGUCUGGAACUAAUAAAGAUAAUCCGUUCUCGCAUUUCGAAUUCGCUCCACCUCAUUCACAGAACAGCAGUGCUUGUGCAGGCAAAAAGCACAAAUUAAGUUCUCCGAAAUCCUGCGCUAAGCGUGUGAGAAGCAGAGCUCGAAAAAUACCGAACGAGACAAUUUCUUCUAGCCGUCCCGAGAAGACUGAGCAUACGUUAGAGACAAAGACGACCGAUGGACGACUGGACUUGCUGCUUAAACUUUUGAGAGCACGAGAUGGUAUGGAAACGCCUAUUGAUAAGUUUGGGACUCAAGCUUGCGUAGUUCCAGGCGCUCAAAACAUCAAAAUUCAGCGUUUUCAACUCCUUGUCGCGGCACUCUUGAGCUCUCAAACACAGGACCCUGUCACUUACGCCGCGAUGCAGCGUUUACAUCAACUAGGAUCGGGUGAAGAUGGUCUCACCGUUGACGUUGUACAGGCCACAAGUGAGGAAAAACUAAGUGAAAUACUCAAACCUGUAGGGUUUUACAAUCGCAAGGCACAACAGCUCAAGCGCGUUGCUGCCGUAUUAAGCACUCAAUAUGACAAAGAUAUUCCUCGCUCAUUAAAUGAGCUGCUACAAUUUCCAGGCAUCGGGCCUAAGAUCGGUCGACUUAUCACUUUGCUAGCGUGGAACCAAGUAGAUGGCAUUAUAGUCGACACUCACGUGCACCGUCUAGCCCAACGACUCGGUUGGGCAUCGACCAAGACGCCGGAAGACACAAGAAAAGAGUUGGAGGACUGGGUUCCUCACGAAUAUUGGGGUAGGCUCUCUCUUGCUAUUGUGGGCUUUGGACAGGUCAUAUGUACAGCAAAAAAACCGUCCUGUUCUAAAUGUCCGUUAGCUGCAAAUUGCCCAAGUGCUUUUAAGGUUGAGAAAUUAUCUUCCACUUCUACGGCAAAACGUUGA